CUGUUCUGUGUUCCAGAGCCAAUUCAUCCUGACUGGGUGAACAUGCCGCAGCCCGAGACCCCGCAGACAACUGGCCAAACAGCCACAGAAACACUUGACCAAGCAGGUUGGAAGUUGACCAUAAAGCAUUUUCUUUCUUUUUCCCUUUCAGCUUUGUACAUCCGCAGGGGGAAAACAGCUCUGUGGGUCACUGUGUCCCUGCUGGCUCUGGCUCUGGUGGUGCUGACCAUAGGUCUGAUUUCGGCCACCCGCACUGACAAUGUGCCCGUUUCUGGAUAUUAUCCUGGUAUCACACUUAGUUUCGGAGCAUUUCUGGGUAUUGUUGGCAUCCAUCUGGUGGAAAACCGCAGACCAAUGCUUGUGGCAGCCAUUAUCUUCAUCAGUAUUGGGGUCAUUGCCUCUUUUUUCUGCGCCAUUGUGGAUGGGAUCAUCGCUUCAGAGUUUAUCGACAUCAGGCCCAUAAAGGAGGACAUAUGUGACUUUUACUCCAGUGGAUCAGGCUAUGCCUACGACAGCUACUAUGCAGAGGUGACGUGCCGUUCAUUCAACAAGGAGUGCAAACUGAAACUGAGGAGCAACACGUGCUACUGCUGCUACCUGUACAACUGUGAGAGUUCUGAGUACCAGACCCAUUACUACGAGUUCACCGGGGUCAGCAGCUGCUGGGACGUGAUCCACCUGCACCGUCUGCUCUGGGCCUCGGUGGUGCUCAACGUGAUCGGCCUGUUCCUGGGCAUCAUCGCCGCCGCCAUCCUGGGAGCGUACAAGGAUAUGCAGAAGCCGACUCCUCAGGUUGCCACCAGCCCGGCGCCCCCGCCUCACAUCCUGUACAACCCCAACCAGCACAUGCUCUCCUACUCCGGCUUCUGUCCCCCAGGACAGGCUCUGCCUGCCUACCCAAACUACCCCAUACCCAUGCAGCACACCAGCACUUACCAGGGAACUGCUACUCCCCAGAUGAUCCCAGAGGGAGGCUCCUCCUCCGGCCCCACAGAGGAGACCCAGAGCCACCAGCCGUCCGAGAUUCCCCCCCAGCCACAGUCACAGGGGACCACCCAGGACCCCGGAGGAUACAUGCUGACCCCCAACGCCCCCGUCCUCUACGGAUCCUCAUACAGCCCCUUCGAGAAGCCCCCCCCGUACGCCUGCUGAGCGCCCAGACGCACCCGCCCGGACGUGUGGCCGAGAAUGGCUCCACCUUGUCGAACCGAACGUAGCACAAGACAUUUUGUGGGUGAUUUUUUGUAGCUUCACUGCUUCAUUUAAGCUGUGUUCACAUGUCGACGCGGUUUUCACUGACCAGACGCAGAAAGUUGUGGUUAAAAGUGUGAUUCUAUAGAAAUGAGUAAGUUAUUUCCAGAGUCAAUAUUAAGUAAACAUCCUUUUACUCCUUUUCUUGUUGAGGUAAAUGGUGAUGGGUGCUGCUCUGAAGCUGCGGCAUGUCGUAGCUGUAAGACUGGACACAGUUAACACGGCUCUGACCGCGUCUGCUUUAGGCCUCUCUAAAGCAGACUCAUCCAUCACAAUCAUGAAUGUUACAUCUGGUGUGGCAUGUCUGUCAGGCAAGGAAGCACAUUUCCAUAAACUGUCAACCUUUUUCUACAAGCCAAAAGCUGGCCCUCAGAUGUUGACAUGUCUAUGUAAAUAAGUGCACUGUUAACUUUGCAUCUGUUAGUCUGGUCUGUGUUCUGGUAGUUUCUGCUACGACUUGUGUAAACUGCUUAACACGUCUUCCAGGAUAUUUCCUAUAAUCAAUCUACUGUACAAGUAAUUGAAAGGGCUUUUGUUGAUAUUUAAAUAGGAAAAGUAAAUUGUGUUGAUGCUGCUUUUAUUCAUGGUAAUCGUUCAAUGUGCACUUUAGAGUCAAUUUACUGGUUAUUGUUGUAUUAUUGAUGAUGUGAAUUAGCUGUUGGGAGGCUGUAGCUGAUGCAGUGAAAUCCAUAAUGUAUUCAACUCACUUGGAGUAAGGGCUUUAUGAAAUUCUCACACGAAUAAAUUGAAAUA